GAACAAAAAUAGAACAGUUGAAUGUAAUCAUGAUGUUUCUUUUUCUUCUUUUCUCUUCCCUAGCAGAACAGCCAUCAGGGUGUGGCACUGCCUAACUUUCCUCCCUUGACCGCACGUCCCUGCCUUAAUGCUUAUUCAAGAAAGUUAAACUUAUGGUUGCUAUUUCACCAGUCUUAGUCGCUGCGUUUCCUGUGAUUGGGUGAUGUUGCGCUAGUGUACAUAAGGUGAUUUCUCUCAUGAAAAUUGCAUUCAAUAGACUCGGCUAGUUUGUGACUAACGUGUCGUGGAGGACAUUUGACGUCGUCACCGAGUUGAAGAAGAAUCCCCUUUGUUUGAGAUUCUCUCUCCUUCCCAUCGCCGCUUUUUAUUGAUCGCACCACGUCAUCACAGCAUCCUUGGAGGACGCCUGGGAAUAAGCGGACUAUGGUUUUCUUCUAGCUAUCUAUCUUCUCUCUCACAUCAGCAGCCGCAGCCGCAGCCCGUCAGGUGCACACACCUCAUCCUCCUCCGGGAAUCUUGCAUUCAAAGCGGGCUGAUUAGCUGCAUUGUGGAAAGAGGAGAGGUGGGGAAGGAUGCCAGAAAACGAGCCGAGCAGAAAGUGACGGUGUGACAGCUGUCAUGAUGCUGCUGUUUCGAGAACCGGGCUGGUUUUUCCUCUAAAAAGAAAAAAAAAGAAAGAAAAAAAAAGGCUCGAAAAUCCAUUAUCUCCGGGACGUGUCAGCAUUACUCUUGAGCAUCGUUUCGAGACGACACCGCCUCCUUCUUUUUGGGGGUUGGCGAGGUAACUUGCUGAAGUGCGGGUCGCACCGGCUUCGUUUAACGCUGAUGCGUGAGCCCAGCUGAGGGUCGGCACUUUUACUCAUCGAACGUGGUUCCUAUCAGGGCGUGAACUUGCAGACUCGGAACCUUCAGAAGCCCAGUCAGCCACCCGUAAAGGAGGCUUACGUUCACACGCUAUUCAUCCUGAAAGACGGCGAGAUUUUUUUUUUUUUAAUUUUCAAAUCCUAUCGAACCACGCUUCGGUAAAGAAUGGAUCUCAAAGCGGACUCCGAGGACCUGGACUACGCGAGACCGGCUCCGAUCGAAGUGUUUGCUAGCCGCUCCACGCUGCACGGCAUCUCGCACAUGUUCACGUACGAGCGCAUGUGCGUCAAGCGCAGCCUGUGGAUCCUUUUCUUCCUGGGCUCCGUGGGAGUGCUGGCUCUGGUGUGCGUGGAUCGCGUGCACUUGUACUUCCAGUAUCCGCACAUCACCAAGCUUGACGAGGUGGCCGCUCCGCUCAUGGAGUUCCCCGCGGUCACCUUCUGCAACCUGAACGCCUUCCGCUUCAGUCGGGUGACGCGCAACGACCUGUACCACGCUGGCGAGCUACUGGCCUUGCUCAACGGCAGGUACGAGAUUCGGGACCCGCAUCUGGUGGAGGAACACGUCCUGGAGGUCCUCAAGGAGAGGGCCGACUUCGACAACUACAAGCCCCGCCCAUUCAACAUGCGUGAAUUCUACGACCGGACGGGCCACGACAUCAAGGACAUGCUGCUGUCCUGCUACUACCGCGGCAUGGAAUGCAGCGCCGAAUACUUCAAAGUGGUGAGUCUGCCACGUCGAUACUUACUUGGCCUCCCGGGGCUGAGACCCGCGAGGGUCUUCCACGUGUACAACGCAAAGUCAGCGUUCACAGAGCUUUUUGGAACAUAGGAGCAACGUGACAUUUGGUAAAUUUGAUGAUUGCAUCUCUGGAAGCAAACGGGGAGUCGAGAUUGUUUUGGUCCCGCUGAGCAUGGCAAGCGUUGCCAACGGAGAGUGCACAGAUGUGCACUUAGUAGACUCCUGCUGCCUUUUGUGUGAUACUUGGGUGUUUCUUAAUGGUUGAGCAACGCUGUCAUGAAAAGGUUGAAUGAGAGGUUGAAAAUGGCCUAUGUGUCGUAGUCUUUACUUGUGUGCUCGCUUGCUAUUUCCACUGCGCGGUGCAUUUCACUUCGGUACUGUACGCCAUUGUAUUUCUUUUCCGUGACGAAAAGUGUGAACAUUUUACACUGCAAACAUUUAAAUCCAAGCAUGAUUACAUUUCUCACA